GCGCGUUGGGGUACAUGGUAAACUUCGGCUGAUGCAGUCAGGCGGCAGGUGAUGGGAAGCACAUAAAGAAGCGUCAAGGAUCGAUUACUGAAUAUCCGGUCUGAAAGAUGGCAUCCGACUCUGAAGUUUGCGGGUCUGGUCACAUGAUCGACUCAGGCUGCCAUGUGUUCGGAGUGCGUUCCUAUUUGCAUCACUUCUAUGAGGAGUGCACAGCCUCAAUGAGGGAACAGCAUGAGGACCAGAGCCAGAGAUCAUCCCUGCAGUGGAGUCUAUGGAAGGUUGCACUUGCUCUUGGUGCUGCGCUCCUGGUGGUGGGACUGGUGGUCAUGACAGUGGGCUACGCCAUCCCCACUCGCAUCGAGGCCUUUGGCGAGGGAGAGCUGCUGUUCGUGGACCGCCAGGCCAUGCGCUACAAUCGCUCGCUUCACGUGUGUGUGCUGGUCGGGACAGGGAUUCUCACGCUGGGUGGAGUUCUGAUGGCAGGAGGAAUCCUGAUGUCUAACUUCUCCACAGCUCCCACACCCACGAGACAGGAAGAGUCCAGUCCACAGUCAUCCAGAAGAGAACGGAAAGCAGGAACAAGAAUCGCGGGUGUAAUGAAAAGCCCAGCAGACCCGGUGAUGAAGCCUCCCAGUCCAGCCUCAAGUGAUGGAGGAGAAUCUCCUCUUGCUAGGAGUGAUAAAGCUUAGAAGGGCUUGUAAAAGCCACAUGACAAUGCUCGUUCAAGUGUGCUGUCAAAGUAUUAAACAAAUGCUCCUUGUUUAUUUCUUUAAGAAAGUUGGGAGUGUAUGGUUUGUGUUAAAGGUUUAAAAAAGCCUUCAACUGACAAAUCUGUUGUUUUAUUAUCUCAAAACAUGUAGAGUAAAACUAUGGCGUCUGUUAUUCUGUCUUUGUCUACUUCUUGUCAAAAUAAAUACUGUAUAUUUAUGGUAUGGAAUGGAUUAAAUAUGACCCUGGAUCACAAAACCAGUCAUAAGGGUCAUUUUUUUUAUUUAUUAAGAUUUAUACAUCUGAAAGUCAAUAAAUAAGCUUUGCAUUGAUGUAUGGUUUGUUAGGAGAGGACAAUAUUUGGCAGAGAUACAACUAUUUUAAAAUCUGGAAUCUGAGGGUGCAAAAAAAUGUUGUUUAAAGUUGUCCAAAUGAAGUCCAAAGCUACACAUAUUACUUUUGUACGAAAAAUUUACAAAUUAUUCUUAUGGAUCAUGAUCUUUACUUAAUAUCCUAAUGAUUUUUGCCAUAAAAAAUCUAUAAUUUUAACCCAUAUAUUGUAUUGUUGGCUAUUUCUACAAAUAUACCCGUGUGACUUAUGACUGGUUUUGUGGUCCAGGGGGUGUUGUAUUACAGAAAGAUUGUACCUUUUAAUAGAUUUUUGGUGUUUGGUAACCAUGGUCAUUUCAGUUAGGACCUUAUUUAAGACAUAAGCUAUUAGAGUACAUUCACAUGGGGCGAAAGGGUUAACACUUGACGGAAGGCUUGUCUGAAAGCGUGGCUAACAGCCAAUCACAGUGGCUGUCUUGCACUAGGUUAUUUGCAUAAGGCGAUCUAAUUGGCUGACGCACACGUUGGCGCUUGAAAAGUUGAGAAAUGUUUAACUUCUGCCACGAGUAACGGCAGUGACUCGACGUUGACGAAUCAACAAUUCAGUUCCCCACGCAUGACGUCACCCAUUAAAAGUGAAUGGGAAGCGUUAAUGCUUUCGCACAGUGUGAAUGUACCAUAACAGAAUAAUGUUUUUAAGGGGGCGUGCACUCCACAGCCCUGAGCGCCGAGAGUUGAAAAAUGUUCAACUUUCGGUGAAACGCUCAGCUUGUCAAUGUCACUUCUCACUUGGCCGUCCAAUCACAAUAAAGGAGGGGCGGGACAAAUAUUACAACAACCAACCAACGCAUCGUUCAACGACUGAUAAACAAAGGAGAAGUAUCAUAGCAAUCAAAGCACUCAGCUGGAAAAAAACUGGCAUGCACCUACUGUCGGCGUCCGCUGUUGUUUUCAGCCGCGUUUAAACGCUUUGGUGUGCAUGCUACUUUAGUGCAUUAUCUUAUUUUAUACCACGGGUCUGUUGAAUGCUGUAUUCUGAUUGGUUGAGAAAUGUUCCACGGGUAUGCACUAUUUUUCUAUAACUGCACACCUAACUUGUCAAUUGUCUUUAAAUUGGGCACCAAAGCAAUGUUUGUGGUGACCGUGGAAUAAUUGACUCCAGUUCUUUGAAUUAUUUGAAAAUAUUGCAUACACACAGUUUUACUCCACUUUGCAUUGUGCCGCAUUACCACCUUGGGUGUGCAUUAUUGUCUUAAUAAUUCAAUAGCCCAUCGUCAAUUAUUCCUUACUUAACAGCAGUUAGAAAAUGGGUAUUUCAGAAG